AUGGACUUGGUGUCCAGUAAGAAGCCAGAUUUUAUUUUUCUUAUGGAGACGAAGGUUGGUAGGGCUCAUGCGGAGCGUUUGCGUGUGAAGUUGGGGUUUGAUGGUCUAUUGUAUGUGGAUAGUGUGGGCUUGAGUGGAGGUUUAGCUUUAUUUUGGAGAUCAAAUAACACGAGCGCAGCCGACGAAGGGAGUCAUGGGAGCUGUUACGUUCAUUACGAGAUCGGUCCACACUCCCGUGGGUUAUCACAGGAGAUUUUAAUGACUUGCUUUUUCAUCAUGAAAAACGUGGGCGGGUUCCUCACCCUGAGAAUUUACUACGAGGCUUCAGUGAUACUUUGGAAGACUGUGGCUUGCACUCUAUACCCAUGGAGGGAUAUCCAUUCACUUGGGAGCGUGGUCGAGGCACUGAUGCCUGGGUGGAGGAACGGCUUGAUAGAGUCGUUGCGAAUGAGGCUUGGCGGUCCACAGUACCAGCGGCCAGAGUGGGAAAGACGUGUUUUCUCUCAUAGAGGCAGAAGGAGUUUUAAAUUUGAGAUGGCCUGGUUGUUAGACGAGGGGUGCAGGGGUGUGGUGGAGGAGGCUUGGCAUGAGGGGAGAAGCCAAGAUAAUGACUCUUUGGCAAAAUUUAACCAACUAGAUGGGGAGUUAAGCAGACUUGAAGCUCAGGAAGACGUGUUCUGGAGACAACGGGCGAAGCAACAUUGGUUACGGGGCGCGGAUGCAAAUACCAAGUUUUAUCACCGGUUUGCCUCGGCUCGUAAGAGAAAGAACACAAUUACAAAGCUGCAGGAUGAUUCAGGGGUUUGGCAUGAGGGUGAGGGUUUUCACCCCCUUAUACUCUCUUAUUAUGAGAAUAUUUUCGAAUCAUCCGGAGUCCAAGACAUGACUACUUUUCCAAGUUUCCCACCUCGAGUGUCUAUUGCUCAGAAUGAGGCGCUUCUACUUCCUUUUACUGCGGAGGAAGUCAAGGCGGCUCUUUACUCCAUGUUUCUGGAUAAAGCUCCUGGACCGGAUGGAAUGAACCCCGGAUUCUACCAACAUUUCUGGGAUGUGGUCGGUACGGAUGUUACUGACUUUGUCCUACACUGUUUACACUCGGGUUCUUUCCCUGAUUCUUUGAACGAUGCCAAUAUAGUUUUAAUUCCCAAAAAGAAUCCCCCUGAAACUGUUUCGGAUCUCAGGCCUAUCGCUCUUUGUAAUGUGAUUUAUAAGAUAAUGGCAAAGAUGCUUGCGAAUAGGAUGAAAUCUCUUAUGUCCGUUGUGAUCUCAGAAUCGCAAAGUGCGUUUAUCCCGGGCAGGCUUAUCACAGAUAACAUCUUAGUAGCUGCAGAGGUUGGACACUAUUUGAAUCGCAAACAAUUAGGACAGGUUGGGUGGGCGGCUCUGAAAUUGGAUAUGGCGAAAGCUUAUGACCGUAUGGAGUGGGUCUUUCUCCGUAAGAUGAUAGAGGUGUUGGGGUUUGAUGCUAAGUGGAUUGAUUUGAUUAUGCUCUACGUUACCACGGUCCGGUAUAACAUUUUGAUCAAUGGAGCUUGUGGUGGGACCAUUAUUCCCACCCGGGGCCUUCGACAGGGUAACCCUUUAUCUCCCUACCUAUUUAUAAUCUGUGCAGAGGGGUUGUCGCAAUUGAUUCAACAUGCUCAGAAUGCAGGCUCGGUUCAAGGUUGUAGGGUGGCUCGUGGAGCACCGGCAAUUUCACAUUUAUUCUUUGUCGACGACAGCCUUUUGUUCUUUAAGGCUAAUUCUUCUGAAGCUGCAGUUGUCAAGGAGUGUCUCCACCGUUAUGAAAUUCUUUCGGGUCAGGCGGUAAACUUCCAUAAAUCCAGUGUCUGUUUCAGUAGGAAUACGGAUGUCAAUGAUCGGCUUGUUGUGACAAAUACCCUUGGGGUGGUUCAGGCCUCUGAUUUUGGCAAAUAUUUGGGCCUUCCAUCUUUUAUUGGCCGCAAUAAGAGGAGGGUCUUUGCAUAUAUUGAGGAUAAGAUUCGACAAAGGGUGGGUUCAUGGAAUAAAAAGAUUCUUUCUCGUGCUGGUAAGGAAAUUCUUUUGAAGAGUGUAGCCCAGUCUAUGCCUACUUUUUCAAUGAGCGUUUUCUUGCUUCCUGAUUCCCUAUGUGUGGCCCUGGAGCGGAUGAUGAAUAAAUUCUGGUGGGGUUCAGGGGGUGGAAACGAGAGGGGAAUUCAUUGGUUAUCAUGGAAACGAAUGUGUACCCCGAAAUGCUUUGGUGGUCUGGGGUUUAAAGAGUUACGAGCUUUUAACUUGGCACUGUUGGGCAAGCAGGGUUGGCGCUUUUUGACAAACCCAGCUUCUUUAGUGGCUGGUGUAUAUAAAGCCAGAUAUUUUUCGAAUUCUACGUUUGUUGAUGCUGUGAUAGGCCCUAAUCCGAACGCCUGUUGGAGGGGAAUUUAUGCGGCAAAGGACUUGAUCUGUGGGGGUAUUAGAAGGCGAAUUGGAGAUGGCGCAAGUACGCGGAUUUGGGAUUCCCCAUGGCUGCCUGAUUCUGAUCCAUGCAUCCAAACCCUUCAGCCACAGUAUCUGUCUACCGCAACUGUGUCAGGCUUAAUUAAUCCUAAUACCAAUGAGUGGGAUGAGGAAAUUUUAAUGGAUAUUUUUGAGCCCAGGGAUGUAGAGCUAAUCAAAAGGGUGCCUAUAAGUCCAGGUUAUGUUGAUUCAUGGUAUUGGUUGGAUGAUCUUCGUGGGAUCUAUUCUGUAAAGAGUGGCUACAAACGCAUUAGGGGGGUUGUUUCCCCAUUGACUGAUGAUUUUACUAGUUGGAAUAAGGUGUGGAAUUUAAAAAUACCGCCGAGGUGGAAGACUUUCCUCUGGAGGGCCAUAACUAAUACUCUCCCGACUACGAAUAAUUUGAUUCAAAGGCGUUUGGACAUUAAUCCAUUCUGCCCCCUUUGUGCUAUUCAGGCGGAGAGUGUGUCACACGUGUUUAUUUGUUGUGCUUUUGCAGUUAAUGUUUGGCGUACUUCUCACAUUGAUAUAUCUGAUGGUGCUGGACUGUCUUUCUCGAUGUGGUUUGAACAAUUACUUAACACCCUGGAUGCCGAAGAGAUCAUCAAGGUGGCAGCAAUUCUUUAUGCAAUCUGGAGCGCCCGGAAUUCGGCUCUGUGGGAGGCGAAAGUUCCCACUCCGGCUUCGGUUGUGGCUUUGGCGAGGAGAGCGCUGGCUUUACCCCCGUCCUUCUUGCGGUGUCAUGUUGAUGCGGCGUAUGGUAGUUGUUCAGGGAAAGCAACAGCGGGUGUGGUGCUUCUGAGGCCGAAUGGUGAGUUUGUGGCUGCUAUGAGUACUCCUUUACCUUAUUGUGAUUCAGUAAUUAUGGCAGAAACACUAGCUUGCAAAGAGGCUCUCUCUUGGUUGAAGGGCAGGAAUGAGGAAGCUGUUGUGUUACUUACCGACUGUGCUGUUCUAUGUGCUAAUUUACGUUCAUCACUGGAGAUUAUGUCAUACAUCGGCAUUGCCACGAAAGAGUGUUGCAGACUUAUGAGUACUAUUGUUUCUUGUUCAGUUCUUUAUAUUCCUCGAUCAAAUAAUGUCUUAGCGCAUGUUUUAGCUCGUGAUUGUUUUACAUCUUUACAAGGUGAUACUUUGUUUUGGGAUAUUGUUCCCCCUAGCUCCAUUAUGGAGUUCUUAAUAUAA